UCAACAACAAUUAAAUGAAUCUGGAUUAUAAAAUGUGUUGAUAAGCUUGUUUGGGAGUAAGAUCAAAUUUUCAAAUACAUGAAUUACUUUAAAGCAAGCCCAUUUAAAUUUAAGAAUCUACUAGCCCAAAAAUCUGUACAAAGAUUCAAUCUUGGCCCGUUUCCGAAUCAAGAACUGCGGGAUUGGGGAAAAUGGUGCUAACGAAUUUCACUGGAGGAGGUGUCGGUUUUGGUUUCGGAGUUGGCUGUGGUUUUGGAGUUGGGUGGGGAUUCGGAGGGGCGCCCUUGAACAUCUUUGGACUUGGUGCAGGUGGUGGCUGUGGUGUCGGGUUGGGGCUUGGAUGGGGAUUUGGCGCGGCUUAUGGUAGUCGUUACUAUAGUCCUGGCCUAACAUUUCAAGGUGUCGAAUUCGCCAAUAAACCUAGUGAAGAAAAAGAUGGCAAAAGCAUGUCAAAGAACAAGUAGAAAAAGUACACUCAUCUCUCAAUCAUCUGUUCAUUUUUCUUAAUGAAGUGCCCAAAGCUUUUGUAGUUUGGAAAUUUAAUGAAUACUUUGAUUUCCCUCACUCAAACUUCAUGUUGUAUUUCACAUAUAAUCUUGAUGUUUGACAGCUGAUCUCCAUUGAAAUAUCUUAAACAUGCUAUUUAUCAAAGAUAUUGCAAAGCCA